ACACGACUUUCUUCUUCAAAGCUUCCGUAGUUGUACCGGGUCUGGACUCUAGCAAACGCAGUUGAAUUAUCUGUUUCAGCUGUUGGAAAUUGGAAUAAAAUGAUCAGAAUUCUGAAUUCUUAGUCUCAAGCAGACUAACAUAGCACCAAAAAAAAAAAUCUCAAGAGAUUGAAGCAGCCCUCUUUUAUUGGCAGAGCUGCAUUGCAGAAGCAGAGCUUUUCUAGAAGCUUCCUGAAGUCUCCAUGCUAAUUCAAUCAUCCCCACUUCUCCUCCAACCUCCAACUCCCCCUCUCCCUAGGAGGAUAUCUGGAAAGGGAAUUAUUAGAUGCUCUUUUGGGCACACUUCAUUAAGCACCAAAGAUGUAACCAGACAUGUGCUAUCUGGUCUUGCUGCCUCAACUAUACUUUUUUCUCAAACAAGCCAGGUCCUUGCAGCAGAUCUUUCUCAUCACCAUAACUUAUGCGAGCUUGCAAUAGCCACAGAUAAUAAUCCUACUCUUCCACUCGAUGAAGGGUCUGCAGAUACUGGGAAAUUUAUGAUGAUGAGAGGUAUGUCAACUAAGAAUUUUGACCCAACAAGAUAUGCUGGAAGGUGGUUUGAAGUAGCUUCACUUAAACGUGGAUUUGCUGGACAAGGACAGGAAGAUUGCCACUGCACACAGGGCUUAUACACGUUUGAUGCUGAGACCCCCUCUAUCCAAGUUGAUACUUUUUGUGUUCAUGGUGGCCCGGAUGGCUAUAUUACAGGAAUAAGGGGAAAGGUACAAUGCCUCUCUGAGGAAGAUACGGAGAAAAAUGAGACUGAUCUAGAAAGGCAAGAGAUGAUUAAUGAGAAGUGUUACCUUCGUUUUCCUACAUUGCCAUUUAUUCCCAAGUUGCCAUAUGAUGUGAUUGCAACUGAUUAUGAUAACUUUUCUCUUGUUUCGGGAGCAAAAGACAAGGGUUUCAUUCAGAUUUACUCAAGGACGCCAGAUCCUGGACCGGAGUUCGUAGAGAAAUACAAAACCUACUUGGCAAACUUUGGGUAUGACCCAAGUAAGAUCAAAGACACCCCACAAGAUUGUGAAGUAAUGCCUAGUAGUAAGCUUGCAGCAAUGAUGUCUAUGUCUGGAAUGCAGCAGGCUCUAACAAACCAAUUUCCUGAUCUGGAAUUGAAGGGCCCUCUCCAAUUAAAUCCCUUCACAAGCACAUUUGACACUUUGAAGAAGCUUCUUCCGCUCUAUUUCAAGUAGUUCUCCUGCUUCCAUUUCGAGUGGAUAUGUAUUUAACAUUGUAAAGUUGUUUUCGGAUCAGAUCAGUAAUUGUUACCAAAUUUCUUCCAGUAAUGUUAAUGGUUUAUGUCCAUUUAAGUUGAAUGACAAGAGGAUAUCGGCACAAGAUGCAGGGUCUUGCUUGAUCCUUCACCCUUCCCUUGUUACUGGCAUUUAUGUUAUUCAACAAUGUUUGAGCUUUGUCUCUUCUGUGACAUCUGAUAAAAAGCAAAUUUUGAGCUUU